AUGGCGUACACAAACCAGUACAUCCUGGAUAUCCCGCUAAAGCGGCCGCAAGAGACGUUUGUGGACGACCCGGAGCUGUACGGUGAGGUACUGAGCCAAGAGCUUGAGUUUGAUCUAGAACAUGGCGUGAAGGAUAUCAAUAGGCUUCAUGUCUUCCACGCCAUUGCCGUUUUGCACGGCGUUUUGGUUGAUUUAAUCGCGCUUCAGAAGGACGAGACCGCUUUCAGAGAGUUCCGUGCGGCGCAGUUGGCCAAGUACGGCUUGAACAUGGAAGCUUUGGAGCAUGAGGAGGGACCAGCUGGUUUCCACGAUGAUGACCUCCCGAAACCCGUCUCUCUAUCUGAAGACGACAACAGGACGAAGUCGUCUGGGCUACAGGGCAACUUUGAUGACUUAGGGGCACCGGGAAGUUCCAGAAAUGAUGACAGACAGAAUCCAGAGAUAUCCAUAUCCAACGAUAGAAGCUUUGAAAGCGUGAAUGAUACACUCAACGGUGCUGAUUCGAACUCAUCAACAGAUCUAGGUACUCAGCCUCGAAAACCCCGGUUUUCCAGCUUGGAGGCAGCCUUAGCUGGCGUCUCUGGUAUCUCCGAUGACCUUACUGAAAAUCCUAACCUAGACGAUCCCCAUAGUGCUUUGGCGAGCCCGAAUACCGAGAUAAAGGAGCCGGAAUUCAUAUCCACAGAGCUGUUGGUACAAACAACGUCUCUCGAAAAGGUACCCAACCCCAUCACCGCACAUUCUUCUAGUCGUCUUAGAAAAGAGGUUCUCUUCCACAACGCCCCGAAAACGAAAGCCCAGGCUGAGCACCUCGUCCGAUGUUUUGGGCUAGCAAAACCGCCGCCCAUCUCCAUCGAGGAGUUCCUUCUACGCAUCAACAAGUAUUCGCCCUCGGUAUCUGUCUCUGUCUACAUCCACAGCGCCUACUUGCUCUUCAAGCUUGCCGUUUUGCUUGAUGUGGUGACCUUUACUGAACUCAACGUCUACAGAUUUAUUUUGGCCCUGAUCCGGUCGCUGACGAAGAAAUGUGAAGAUGUCCACCAAAAGCAGAAGAGCUUCGCCAUGGUGGGAGGCAUGGCGCUCAAAGAUUUGGGCAAGAUCGAGGUCAGCUUUCUCUACCUUUGUAAUUUCAAAUUGGUCGUGAGCGAGUUCAUCUUGAACGAUUUUUUGAAGAACAAUUUCGUUGAUCUUCGUCGCUUUUGUCGUGAGAGGUUGUCAGGAAAAGGAGACCAAAAUAUGGACGAGGCAGAGGGAGAGGCCUAG